AUAAGCUCAUGUGGCUAAGCAAAGAUCCAAGACUCAGUUGGCACCUCGCCUCUCACUUUUCAAACAAACAAAAAACAAGCAGCACCAGCCAGAAGAACUAUUAAUAGUGUAUACUAGCUAGUAGUAAGGAUGAUGAAACUUGGACUCCUCCUUUUGGCGCUUGUGCCUUCUAUAUGGUCGAUGGAUCUUCAUAUGCAUGGGGUGUGAAGUCCUUCGCUCACACCGGUAAGAAUACGAAAGCUUCUUUGGCUGUGACCGUGACCAGCAUUCCUCGUGGUGGCGCCUGCAUUGACAUGGACCUUAUAAUUGUUGAACCAGAUUUGGCCGCCAAGAUCUUUAUUGGUGCGUAUGGUGCCAACGCAGCUUUGUGUUUUGUGGCAUCGGAGUUUGCUCUCAAGACUGUGUACGGAGGCAAGGACGCACAACCGGAUUCUCUUUGGGGAGGCACUACAUUGGGCGCUGUGGGAUGUAACACGGCUCUUCUUCUUUACUUGCAACACUUCAAGGGCAUGGGCUUUGAAAAGGCCAUUGGCUGGUCGGUUUUGCCCUACCUGACCAUGGAGUUUUAUCGUAUUUUCAUCAAUCCCGAUUCAGACAAAGUCGUGGGGAUGAAGAAAGAGACGCACUACGCAGCUGCUGUUUUGAAUAUCGCUGUCUUGGUGGCAUCCCUCAUGGAAGCCAGUUGGGCUCCUAAACUCAAUUGGAUUUAUGGCCUCUUUAGUCUCAUGCAUGGCGUCUGGUACUAUGUGAAUCCUCAAGGUGCCAUGGCGAAACAGAGCAUCAAUAUGAGUGGACCUUUUGGACUGGUGAUCAUGAGAACCUUUGGAUAUUUUCUCUUGACACAUUUCGCAGCUGUGUGUGGUGGUCUCCACAUUACUGGUACUGGUACCGGUACUAGUAGUGAUGUCCUGAAGGUUACUGGAUGGACGGCUUUGAUGAAUGGGGUUUCCGUUCUUAGUGUGAGUCUUGAUGGAACCAUGGCUCGUGCUAAUAUGCCAGUCCUUCCUGGCUUUGCCUGGGCAAUUCUUAGCUUUGUUCUUGGGGGUUCGUUGGUCUUGAAAGGAUAG